UUCAGGUUUUGUGCAGCUGAUCAGGUCUAACAGGUACGGCUCAUGGCUCAUGAGAAGCCAGGUACAGGACAGUAGCUCUCCAGGACCAGAGUUGGUGACAUACUGUAUGAUCUACUAGUGAGGAACACAAACUGAGAUGAGCUUAACUUUUCUGUAAUAAGGUACUUCAACUGCUAACCUUUACAGUGAUUUAAUUUUUAGCUAUAUAUUUUUGCCAGUUUGGUAAGGUCUGAUCACAGAAACUAUGGAACAGUGAGGCAAAGCUUUGGAAAAACUGUGGGACAUCUCAGACCCCAGUUAGUCCAAUCGGACGUAUUGAAUAUUCUUUUCAAGAUUCUGGAUAAGAAAGAGGAUCAGAAAUAAGCUAUGGGAACUGGAAGCAGCAUGUCUGUCCACCAUAAAAUGUCAAUGAUGUGUCCCUUUUCAGUGACUUUCCAGUCUUCCACAGAUGUAGUGCAUAUUUGGAAUACGGAGACUAGGAGACAUUCCUUUGCUUUCCAUCUGGGAAUAAUUGGCCCUGUGAAAAAUCCUCUUGGAUAUUUUUUUGCAAAUUAAAACGUUUAUACAACAUUUUAGGAGCAUUAUUUUAUGGAAACUUUUUCCUUCCUCCUUGAAGCACACAAGGUUUUGCUUUCUGGCACUCACUGUCACACACCCCCCCCCCCGCAUGGUGUGCAAUGUGGGGGAGAGGAGACCUUUGAGCGGAACAGCUGAAAUCUGUAACAAGCUGAUCUGUAACCUAAAUGUAUGCUAAUGUACCCCCCCUACCAAAGCCAAAGGAAGGGGAGUCAAAUGAGCUUCUGAGUGAGAAUUUUCAGAUACAUUAACUGCUCUUGUGUUUUAUCACAUUAUUUGUCAAAAUGCACCGAUUUGCACCUUAUUUUUUGCUAAAGCUCAUGCCCUAACUAUCCUGAUAAGCACUCCUUCAAAGUUUUAUUACUGUAUGUCGCCACACAACCACUUUGGUGGUAUUUGGAUUCGUUUCAGCAGACACCCCUCGUUCUUCAAAAAACAUUUUUUCUUAGUAAGAAGGUGGCCCUUUCUUGGCAUUUGUCUGUAUUGUUAUUUAAGACAUUCUGAACAUCACUUCACUUGGUUAGAGUUCAGCUGAAAAUGCAAACAGCAGACAGUCUCUUUUCAUCUCUUUCAGGUACCACAUACAGCCUCAUGUAAUAUAAAGUCUGAUGUGCAGUGGGGGAGCAGUAGCAUCGGUGUAGAAGUGGUUUGCUAAAGAAAUCUGCACUGAGACAGAAAUCCUCUCCUGCCAGUGGCCAGACCUCAGCAUGCCGGCUCCACGAUCGUUUGGGGACUCGUUACAGUGCGUCCCCGAACAGUCGUGUAUUGACGGCAUAGCUCUCUGAGAUAUGGAGUUGUUUACAACCACUCCUGUGCUGGGGUGGGGGGGACCGGCAACCCGUCGUUUUCAGGAGGAGGGCAGCAUCUGCGCGUUCUGCAGGGGUUGUACGCAGGGAUGGUGUGGCGGCUUGGCUAAUGAGCCCCACACUGUCCUGGCCUCAUCACGGUGCCGCCUCACUCCUGGGCUCACCACGGUGCCGCCUCACUCCUGGCCUCACCACGGUGCCGCCUCACUCCUGGCCUCAUCACGGUGCCGCCUCACUCCUGGGCUCAUCACGGUGCCGCCUCACUCCUGGGCUCAUCACGGUGCCGCCUCACCCCAAGAUCGCUCUUUGAGUUCAGGGACUUGUUAGACUCUCGUCUUGAACACUGCGCCCGACUUGAAGUCAGGUUGUGCUGAGAAGCCCUUCAUCAUGCCAGACUCACCUGCCGAUGUGAAGACUCAGCCCAGGGUGACUCCGCCCACAAUGCCACCACCUCCGACAGCACAAGCGGCUCCCAGGACCAGCUCAUUAACGCCCCCAUCACGUGAGCUAACCGAUGGCAACGGCCACUCCCCCACCACGUCGAACGGAGUCCCCUCUCCGCUGGGCGGCUUCACCACUCGUCCUUCCUCUUCCUCAUCCUCCUCCUCGUCCUCCCCUUCCUCGUCUUCGUCGUCCGCGUCGGGCAGCCUGCAGCUCCCGUUGGUGUGCGGCGCUCGGCAGCUCAGCAAACUGAAGCGCUUCCUGAUAACGCUGCAGCAGUUCGGCAGUGACAUCUCCCCAGAGAUCGGCGAGAAGGUCCGCACGUUGGUGCUGGGCCUCGUGAACUCUACUUUAACCAUAGAGGAAUUUCAUUCCAAACUGCAAGAGGCCACAAACUUCCCCCUGCGACCAUUUGUUGUGCCGUUUCUGAAGGCUAAUCUUCCUCUGCUGCAGCACGAGCUGCUUCACUGUGCCAGGGUGGCCAAGCAGAAUCCAGCCCAGUAUCUGGCCCAGCAUGAUCACGUGCUGCUUGACAGCAGAACUGCUUCACCCAUGGACUCUUCUGAGCUGAUAUGUGGCGUCAGUCGGAACAGCAAGAAGAGGCUCCCAGAAAGAACCAAAGAGAAUGGUCCUAAUCGGGAGUCCCUGGGCCCCCCUGGAAAGAGGCGGUGCACAAUUAGCCCCUACCAGCCAAAUGGCAUGCCACACCCCACGCCUCCUCCUCAGCAAGCCUGUUUGGACAGCACAGCUGUCACUCAUCAGCAGAGGAGUUCCCAUAGGCCGGCCAGCUGCCGGGAGCUCAGGGAACGAGCCAGGCCAUCCAGGAUGGUCGGGGGACGUCAGGAGGGGGCCAUCGAUCACCGGCUCACUGACAGGGAGUGGGCGGAGGAGUGGAGGCACCUUGACCAUCUGCUGAACUGCAUCAGGGACAUGGUGGAGCGGACCAGGUACUCCCUCACUGUGCUUCGACGCUGCCAGGAGGCAGACCGCGAGGUGCUCAGCUACUGGGUCCGGCGCUGCAGUGACAUGGAGGACCCCAAGAAGAGCAGUGCUAGCGGUCAAUCGACAGGGGUGACAUCAGGGGACCAGAACACCACCUCACCCGAGACUCACAGACAGUUGCCCCAAAGACAUAUACCAGACAGUAUGCCUGAGGAGAUCUGGAAAAAAGCAGAGGAGGCCGUGAACGAGGUGAAGAAGCAGGCCAUGCUGGAGCUGCAGAGCGCUGUGUCGGAGGCGGAGCGCAAGGCCCAGGAGAUGAUCCGCACCGAGCGGGCCCGCAUGGAGCGCACCGUGGCUGAAGCCAGGCGCCGGGCCACCGACGACCUGCUCUCCGUCAUCAAUCAGCAGGAGGACUCCACCGAGAGCUGCUGGAACUGUGGGCGGAAGGCCAGCGAGACAUGCAGCGGCUGUAGCACGGCAAGAUACUGUGGCUCCUUCUGCCAGCACAAAGACUGGGAGAAGCACCACCAGGUGUGUGUUCAGACCCCAGCAGCCCUCCCGCAGGGUGACCAACGGCCUGCUGCUGGCUCCUCCGACAAAACCAGCCCCCAGGAGGACCUUCCAACUGUGGCCACAUCUGGCCCUGACACGCCCCCGACCACUGACACCUCACCACACUAGCAUGUCCCCUGCCCCCCCUGCCCUCUGUAAAGCCUGUUUUUUGGAGUAGUGCAAGUAAGGAGAAGGCCAGUACUGAGCAAAGGUAGAAAGUUCAGGUUCAGAAAGUGCAAAUCAACCAGUCAGAUGAGUAUGAAGCGUCACAUUCACAGAGCACUCAAAUGGUUGGUUGAAACAAAAUUUUGGUCUGGAUUUGUAUUUUGCGAACCUUAAUUUUCCUCCCCUAGUAAUGAGUCAUAUUGACUUUUGAUUUUAAAAAGUUGCUAUUUUGUGUUUAUUAUUGUUGCACUACUCAGUUUCUAUCAAUACAAGUAUUGUUGCUGUUUACUAUGGUUCCCAUUCUUGUAAACAAAUGUGCAGGAAGCUGCACAACAACACAUUUGUCCUCCAAUGGUCCUUCUCCAUUUCCUUGGCUUAAUACUCAACCUUUAUUUACAGUAGAUAAGAAAAGCUCUCCUAGCUAGUAAGAAACGAUUAAAAACCCAUUUUAAAAAUAAUGAAUGGAUGGCUGGUUUUGAACAGGAAGAAGAGAGAAAGGAAUUUAAGAGCACAAAUGCCUCAUUUUGAGAAUGUUGACUAUCAUGGGGUCCUCAUGCGACACACGUAUUAAAUAUGGCAGCCAUUUUAUACUAUGAUACCACAAUAUUGCCAAUUCUGCAAAAUAAACUAAUGGUCAGAGAUUUCAGAAGAAAAAGAAUCAAUUUAGAAACAUACAACCAAUUCAUGAGUGACCGUGUUCCUUUUCUUCACCUGCAUCCCAUCUUUACUUACCAAUUUAGCAUUGUAGUACUGUCAUGCAGUUAUGCUGUGUAUAAUAUCCAGUGGUAAAUGAUUCUAUGUAUUUGUAGCUUAUCUACACCCCCUACGUUUGUUAUUUAAGACUUACAGCUGCUUUUCCAUAUGUGUGGGAGAUGUCGGUGGUCUUUUGAAAAGAAGAAAACCCCUCAAAGCUGCUUCUUCAGUCUGCUUAUACAUUAUGUUGAACCAAGCCUUGAUGCUUUUCAGAAGAUGUGAUAAAACUGAUGGUAGAGUUUCAAACAGGGGCCCAACCACAACAGAACAGAGGUGUCGAUGUCGGCAGUAUUAUGAAAGAGCGAAAAUGGAGAGGUCAGCCAAAGAAAGAACAGACAGAAUCUGAAUUUUAAGUCAAAAUGUAUCCAUGUCUACUCUCAAGAUCAAUGCACAACACAAAGUAUGUCCAUGUAUAAUACAAACAUGAGCUCUUUCCUGUAAGGACAAAGUCAAGCUGCAUAAUAUGAGAAAGUAAGGGUGAUUCUCUGAGCAGCAUAGCACAAAAGAAGGCAAUUACAGGCUGUUUAUACACGCCAGAGCUUCAUUGGUCAUCUGUGCAAACCCUGGUGCUACAACGUGUGUGUGGCCUUGUAGAAGCUUUGAUCAGUCUUACCAGCGAGAUCUUCUCUUCCAGGUUCUUCAUGUCUCGAAGGGAUCAGAUUCAAAUAUUGUCAUAAAAUGUUUUCAAUAACAGUCUAGACAUGGGGGGAAUGAUCUUACUUCAGCUACACACAGGGAAAGAAUAUUAAUAACGUGUAGCCAUCUCUACCUGUCCUGUUUAAACUCCAAAGUCUUUAAUGGCAAAAUGUUUUACUCUACCUCUGAUAUGAUUUAAUAGCACUUGUCAAAGCACAUAGGAUGAUCUAAUUAAACCAAAUGGGCACAAGAGAACAGGAAAACCAAAUCCAUACCGCUUCUCAGUAACAAUGCAAACCUCACAAACCUAAUAAAAAUAAAGGUUAAAGAACAGGUUCCUUUAUGCUGGUUAUUUGUACAGACCCAGUGAAAAUUUUAAUUUGUUGGUCAAAUGCAUUUUAAAAUAGUGUGAGAUAACCUCCUGCGUUUGCAUGACAAAAUUCCCCUUACUUUUUUUGGUUAGGAGAGGGGUACCUCUUAGUAAAGUGUGUGUAAUAAAGAUUCAUGAUUCAUUUUCUAAAUGAAGUAAACAUUGAUGAACAAUAAACAUACAAACAAUAUGCCAUGGGGAAAAUUUACUGGUCAAAUUUUCCAGUAAAAGCAGGAAAAUGAUGAUAGAUUCUAGGCAAUUUCUUUAAGUAAUAACCAUCCUGUAAACCUUUCACUCAAUGAAAAUAUCGUGCAAUACUUAAUUGACAUGUACCAGAUGAUAAUUAUAAGCUGUAUGCUUUGUGAGCACACGUCAGACAUUUUGAGACCACUGUGUCACAAAUGUGUUUGUUCUUUUCUAUAUUUAGACUGUAAUGUAUGUUCUGUACAAUUUUCAGUCUUGAAAGUUGCAUUCAGGUGUCGCUGUACUUCGUACAUUGUAUUAAACGUAUGCUGAUCUCUAUACAA